AGGGAAAUUAUGAUGAUGGUUGUUUCUGUAAUCCCCCGCUGUAGUACUCUUCUUAUAUCUACGGUAGCAGUGAUAUCGCACGUCAACGGAAUCCCCCACGUGCCACAGCAGGAACUUCACACGCGUGAGUACCCUCCAAAAACCAUCGCCUAUAAAUACAGGACUCGAAGGAUCGUCAACGUAAUACGUGUUCCUGAAUCUGCAGGGACCAAAAUGCGGGGAGAAUUAGCAGUUGUUCAUGCCGAGACGGUUCGAUCAGAGUUUCUCAAUGUUCUCCGCAGCAGGCGAUCUGCUGAAGUCCCGCUAUCUGUGGAACCUGCAAAACCCGUGGCGCACCCUCUGUACCAGGAUGCAACCACGCCAAACAACAUCAGCGAGGCAAUGGAGUCUUGUCCGAGGGAGAAGAUUGGAAAUCUUAAGGAUUUGCUUAAGGAGGAAAACCUUUACUUGAUUACUGAGGCAGGAGAGCAAGGACGUCUGCCUGUAUUGAUUUUGAGCAUGAAAGAGAGCAACCUUAGAAGGCCUGCUGUAGUUUUUCUGCACAGUACAAAUAAGUGCAAAGAAUGGCUGCGACCAUUGCUUGAGGCAUAUGCUUCUCGGGGUUAUGUAGCCAUUGCUAUUGAUUCUCGCUACCAUGGUGAACGCGCCAGUAGUAAAACCACCUAUCGAGAUGCUCUCAUAUCUUCAUGGAAAAAGGGUGACACGAUGCCAUUCAUAUUUGAUACAGUGUGGGACUUAAUAAAACUAGCAGAUUAUCUCACUGCAAGGAAGGACAUAGACCCCACCCGAAUAGGAAUUACCGGAGAAUCUCUUGGAGGAAUGCAUGCAUGGUUUGCUGCUGCUGGUGACACCCGCUAUUCUGUGGUUGCCCCUAUAAUUGGUGUUCAAGGGUUUCGUUGGGCAAUAGAUAAUGAUAUGUGGCAAGGUCGAGUUGACAGCAUAAAACCUGUAUUUGAAGAAGCACGGAUUGACCUAGGAAAGAGUGUCAUUGAUGAAGAAGUUGUUAAGAAGGUUUGGGAUAGGAUUGCUCCUGGCUUGGCAUCUCAUUUUGAUUCACCAUACACAAUUCCAGCAAUAGCUCCCCGUCCUCUGCUGAUUUUGAAUGGUGCGGACGAUCCCCGUUGUCCACUCGCAGGUUUGGAGAUACCAAAAUGUAGAGCUUCCAAUGCUUAUAAAGAAGCGCAUAGUUUGGAUAAAUUCGAGCUGAUUGCAGAACCUGGAAUUGGACAUCAGAUGACUUCAUCCAUGGUAAUAAAAGCUAGUGAUUGGUUUGACAAGUAUCUGAAGCAGUAACAUCCCCAAAAAAUAUGCAUAUCAGAACCGAUAUCUUCAUGCUCAGAGUCAUCCCUAAACCCUAAACUCGCACUGCAUCUAGAAGACCAAAUAUCGACACAUAUUUGUUAAGCAUCAUUAUCUGUGUAAUAUAAUGGAAAUAAAAAGUAACAUUUGCAUACUUUUUGAUAA